UAAAGCAUUGAACUUCAUGCUAGACACAGAAGCGCGCGCGCAUCCGAGCCUCCGUGUGCACUCGCGUUUCUGGUUCUAGUCUGCUCUUCCCCCACCACAAAUUAUCCGGUCACUUCGUCCACUUUCGACCAAUCACUCUCGCCCGUCUCUCCGAGUGCGCCUGGCUCUCUGCGCGCCGAGGCAUUGUCAUUCCGUUGAAGAACAUCCUUGUAAAAAAUACACUCGUACACUUUUAUUUUCAUUCUCUUAAUCUCUUCUUUCCCCUCGAUAUAAUUGAAUCGUUUUCUUUCGCACUACUAAUGUCAAAUCUUCGACGCUCAGUAAUCUACGAUUUAUUGACACGAAAGACUGGAACGCCGCGGAUGAUCGUUCGAAAAAAUUGUCAACAAUUCGGACAUAAAAAUCAGAGCGUGUCGCCAAUAGAAGCAAAUCCAUCAUUGAUUCUUUGACACGGAUUAUUCAAUAAAUUCUCAGUGCCAAGCUCGAGAUAUAUCGCUUCCUCUCGGUGGCGCGGCUAUCCUUCAUUUCGCAACAAGCCGUUUCAUAUUUGCUCAACUAUUUGCAACAAAAUCUACAUCUGUUUUACAUCAAAAUGCAGAACAAUCAGGACGACUGUCUUCUCGGACAAUACCUGCCCGUGGGCGUCUGAAUUUUGCGAAUUGACCUUUCUCAUUCUUUUCUUGUAACUCGUAAUAAAAAAAGUAAACACCACUUUCGAGAUUACUGUUUUCUUGAGAGAGGCAGUCUUUCCUUUCAGUCUUCGGAGACCCCUUGAAAGCCCUAUUGUGUAGCAUAAGACAUUGUACUUGUGAUUUCGCUACUUAUUUCUCCUUCAUAUUUAUGUUCUCUCGCAUAUCGCAGCCAUAACCACGGGUAUACGUGUGUACGAGAGCUCGCGUGAACGUAUUUACACGAUUGUAGUCGAAUCUGUGCGUUCCAACGAUCUUUUAAUGGUUCGUGUAUCCGCAGAUUUUUUCAACUCUUCAUACCGAGUAAUUUCACGUCGCGUGGGAAGUUCCGAGUGAUCGUCCAGUUUCUUUUUUUCGACACGUGCGUGUGGCCAAUGUCUUUUUGUGUUUCGAGUGACAUAUUCUUUUACGUCAAGUGCUGUUGUACACGCGAAGACGAGAGUGAAUAUUUGGAAACUGACGACAGCUAGAGGCAGCGCUCGAUUCUCGAUCUAACGGGAAACAAAUUAUCAUGAGAGACACCGGCGACAUGAUGGAAGACGUUUACUCCGAGGACACGAUGAUGGAAUGCAGUGGGGACGAUGCAGGCCUCGACGACCUUGUCGACUUGACGGACGAUGUAUCGAAUUCGGUUCCGAUGAUACGAGACGCAGCUGAGCGAUUGCUGACACUGCUGGGGGUCGAUAAUGAGGAGAACGAUGAUUUGUUGUCUUCGGAGGACGAGGGUGUGGAAUUGGACGAGGAGAGUGACGAGAACGACGUUGAUUAUGAUAACGAGGAUAACGAGCCACAGAACACGAGACUUUUGCAUCAAUUGGCCAACUCGUUGGCCCAAGAACUUAAAUAUUCUCAAAAACAAGGGAACAAAACGAACACGAGGCUCGCCACGAACCAACGAGGCACGAGAUCGAAUCACGAGCUCAACAAAGGACACGGCAACGAGCAAGUUCAGAGCAUGGAAGUUGGCCACGAAAUUUUCUACGAGAACGAUCCCAAAACCCCGAAAUACGUUUACCAAUUCGAUCAAGCACACAAAAUUGCGGAAAAUCGAAGCUUUUUUUCCACUCCUCAUUUCGAAACUAACGAUUCCGUGCCAACCAACAAAUAUCACGGGGACAAUCGAUCGAGAAUUUCCAGCACCGUAGCGCAGCUGGGAAAAACAAAUUUUUCUACUAAUUCUCCAGUCCCGGAUUCCUGGAGCCUCGGUUGGGACGCCUGUGCAGCAGAAGCCAUUAGAUAUCUCGUCGAGGAUGAGGGACUCUCGCCCCAUCAUCCCACUGUUUUAGCUAUGAAAAAUCACCUGGAAAUUCAGAGAGAAAGAACUUUGGCUCAAUUCGCUGUGUAAAGAGCACAAAUAUAAUAAUCGACGUAGAAAAGUAUAUGUUCCACCGGAGCCAAUUGACGUCAGCAUGUUCGAUGUCAUUCAUUUAUUUCUAUCGACUCGAGAACCGAUUGAGGUUCUCACGAUAUGAUGCCUUUCGCAUGAUCGUAUUUUUUGGUGGCGCAAACUAGGGCACUCGAAAUUUGGACUGAUUCCUAACCUCUGAGGAGUCGCGGUUACAUGGGAAAAGCUAGCUUCUGCUUCUGCCAUUUUUCCAACUCCUAUCGUUAAUAUCUCUUUUAAAGACUCGGUAACCCUUUGCUUUUAUCGUCGCUAUGGAUUCCUUACAUUUUUUUCUAUCUGUGAGACAGUUUGUAUCAGGAAUUUAGAAUUAUUUAAUGAUGGAGUUUCCAUGAGCUCCAAUAUAAAAUUUACGAUUUUUCAAGUUUUCAUUCUUUAUUAAAUGUUCGGUGACCCGACCUGAAAUUUCGCCAAUCUAUUCUCACGCACUUUUACUUUACUGUCAUUAAAAAUCAGUUGUUUGUAGAAUAUUCGGGUUCGUGAAAGGAAUACCUUGAAUGACAAAUUGGGUGAAAGGUUAGUUGAGACUUUGAAGGAAAAAAAUCACUGACUAAAGUCGGAUAAACGGAAUAUGAAAACUAUCGUUGAAAAUUGAUUGAACGUUCCAAUUGAAUGUCCACGGAUUUAACAAUGUUCAAAUACAAUGAGCAUUAUUGUGUUGGACAGAAAAAACAACACGAGAAGCGAUGAACCGAUUAUCAUUUCUCUUCCUCUCUUUCAUACUUUCAUUUGUUUUUCAUUCGUACGCUUUUUUUUAUAAAUUAUUUUAAACGACUGCAAAUUCCGGUGCUUUGUAAUAAAAGUGGCGCCGAGGCCUCGUGCGCCUGUGUCUUAUCGAUCGAAUCGAGUAUUCAAGACCAGCCAAAGCGCGAGUCACGAAAAUUCUUAGAUUAAUCUUAUUUAUAAUACUGAUCCGACGGAUCGAACGACUGUAUUUAAUGUUGAAAUGGCGAAACGUAAUAUUCGAAUAAAUUAUGGACGAUUAGUGAAAUUUUGUGAGGAUAAAAAGUUAAAAGGAAAAACAAGCAAACAAAAUAAUCGUGAUUAUUAUGUGCGAGGCGAGUGACGUUCGACCGAUAACGAAUUUUCCGCUGGAUGCCACUCGUCUGUGACUCGAGAGUUUCGCGAUCCGAUGUUGCAGGGGGUUCUUCGAUCGUCAGAGCCAUUUGAUAUAAAAACUCAUUGAAUUCGUUUGAUGUCACGAGCUUUAGAGAUUUUCGAAAUUUCACAGUGGAGCAAAAAUCCAACUUGAUUUGUCGUCAUAAUGAUUAUUAUCAAAAGUUUGCACAGUUAAAACGCAAGAUUCUUUGACAGACGAUCAAAGAGAUACGACCGGAAGGACAGAAAUUCAUUUUUGGAGCUCUCACGUCCUCGGAUUUUUUUACGGACUAUCGAAAAAUCAUGAAAAAGUUGAAAACUGGAAUUUAGGGAAGAAAGAACUUUUUUUGAACGUAUUUAGAUAAAGUUCUUUUUUCUGAAUACACUUCCCGACCGUCACAACUGGCUCUGAUCGAUUUCAUCGCCCUCUGUAACUCGAAAUGUACGAGUUUCUAGCUCUCACGUCAGUUAUACGUAUUAUUAUAAAUAUAAUAGAUGAAUUCGUUACACGGAAGUUAGAAAAAAAGAGAAAAUUGUGUGGGGUCGAUUUUGACGAAAGAUUCAAAUGUGAACAGUUCGUUAAUCAACGUUUUCACGCAUAACGAUGUAUUUUGAUUUUCCAAUUAUAGCAGCUUCGAAAUAAUGAAAUAGCGAGUUUUCUCCAAAUGAGCCUGAACGUCAGGAUAUUUUCGUUGCAUUCGUCUCCAACGUGCCCGUAUCUGAAUCUUCGUUUAUUCAUCACUCUCUCAAUACAAGUUUGAAUGGCAAUUUGAGAAAAAACUUUAGGCUCAUUUGGUACAGAAAAAUUGCUUUUUGUAAAUAUGUAAUAUAAAUAUAUGAAUCUACGUAUAAACACAUAACACGUCCCUAACUUAUACCAGCCCUAUUGUUAUUUUUAUUACGAUAAAAUCAUUGUAGAUACGAGCAUUAAUAAACGACCAUUAAAUUAAUUGCACAAAAAAAAAACAGCAAAAAUAACGAA